AUGAAGCACCCAGAUCUCGGCCUUAAUCCGAGAGACAGCACUCUCGUCGGGCUGAUGGGCGCUGGGUACUCUUUUGGAGCCAUGAUUGCCUUUCCUGUCUCGAGCUGGAUAGCAGACACCAUGGGUAGAAAGUGGAUGAUCAUGAUUGGAGAUAUGAUUAUUAUUGGAGCUGUACUUGGCCAAAUCUUCUGUUACAACGCUCGACUUUACGUGUUUACUCGGUUUAUACUGGGCAUAGGCUCCAUGUUCGUGAUCGCCAGCUGUCCCGUCCUGCUCACAGAACUGGCCCAUCCGCGGCAAAGAAGCUUUCUGGUAGGCGGGUAUGCAUCCCUAUUCUUCGUUGGAUCUGUCGUUGUAGCCUGGGUCUCUUUCGGAAGCCUGCACAUCUCAUCCCAAUGGAGCUGGCGCAUUCCGACAGUGCUACAGCUUCUCCCACCAGCCCUCCAACUACCGCUUAUAUUUCUUGUCCCAGAGUCUCCAAGAUGGCUUGUCUCUUGUGGCCGCCAUACUGAAGCUAAAGACAUUCUCGCUCAUUUCCAUGCGCACGGCAGGACGGAUGACGAGGUGGUGACCGUUCAGUUUGCAGAAAUCUGUCAGGCCAUUGAGCUAGACCAACGGACCCAGGAGACAACUUGGAUCUCAUGGUUUCGAGGGCCUGGGAAUCGCCGACGAUUGCUUCUAGUUGUGUUCUCCACCAUCUUUGGGUCCUGGAGCGGGGGUGGUAUCAUCACAUUCUACCUCUCCGUCGCGCUGAAACAAGUCGGCAUCACGGAACCAGCGCAGCAGGCCGGAAUCAAUGGCGGUUUACAGAUUUUCAAUCUCUGUGUCGCACUUGCGGCUGCAAGCCUAGUUGAAAAACUCGGCCGCCGCAUCCUAUUCAUAUCUUCGAGCGUAAUUAUGCUGUUAGCAAUGGUCGGGUUUACUGUGGCCACGGAACAGUUCAUCAGAGAAGAGCAGUCAGCGGCAAGUAGAGCCCUCGUCGCGAUGGUAUUUUUGUUCCAAUUUGGGUCCGAUGUCGGAUACACACCUCUUACUCCAAUGUACAUUGCGGAGAUAUGCCCCUAUCAUCUGCGAGCUAAAGCCAUGGCGCUGCAUUACUUUCUCAUGUACGCAUUUAGUGCCGCUGGGCAAUAUGCCAACCCGGUGGCCCUGCAAAACCUGGGUUGGAGGUACUAUGUAGUCUACAUUGUGAUUCUGGUAUUUGAAGUCGGGUUUACUUACUUCAUGUUCCCUGAGGCGAAGGGACAAACUAUCGAAGAGGUUUCUAGCGUAUUCGAGAAGUAG